AUGGCCACCCUCUUGAGGCGGCCAGGCAACCUUGCUCGAUUCUCGAGGAGAGCCACAGACUCCAUCGGUCGUAUUGGACCGUCCUCCGUGCGACUCCCUCAAUCGAAGCUUUCUUCCCUUAUUACAUCGCACCGUGUCCGGAGCUUCGCCACACAGGGUCCUGGAGGCCCGACUCCCCCGGACGACAAAUCCCGAAAUCCCCAGUCAACCGGGAACGGCCCGGAGAACGAUGGUCGCAAAGAUGAGGAUCCGAACAAGUCCGAAUCGAAAUUGACCGAGACAGAACAGAAACAACUCGAUGACUUCAUCAAGCACAUUGAGUCGCGAAUCCCGGAGUCGCAGCAUGAGUCAACCCAACAAGUCCGGAAGCACUUCAUGAAAAACGGCCUGCCCUCCGAAUUGAAGGAAUUCAUGACAAACUAUAAGGAUGCCUCAUUAAUGGAUUACCUCCGAAUGGUGCGGUGGUUGUUCAAGUACGCCAAUGAGCAUGCCGACAAGAUGGCACGGGAAGAAGUAGCUCGCGACAUGAAGAUUCCCCCGGAGGAACUUCAAAAGAUGAAGAGCCAACAGCAGCCGGAGAAGGAGAGCGAAAAGGAUGCCAAGGAUAAGAAGCCGGAAGAGCAGAAGAGUAAGGAGGAGCAAGAGAAGAAGAAGGAGAAGGAGAAGGAGCAGGGGAAGAAGCAAAAGAAAGACCAGUUUCCCCCCCGCUUCUUCCCUGGAGAUUCUGGUUCUCACGAGAUCACCUGGCAGGAAUUCCGCUCCAACUACCUCGAAAAGGGUCUCGUGGAGAAAUUGACUGUUCUGAACCGCAGCCGCGUUCGGGUUGAUCUCAACCGUGAGGCUUCGGCUCAAGCAUACCCUGAAUCCAAUGGCCAACCCGUGUCGCAUGUGCUUUUUAGCAUUGGAUCUGUCGAAAGCUUCGAAAUGAAGCUCGAGCAGGCUCAAUAUGAACUUGGUAUUCCCUCUGGGGAGCGGAUUCCCGUUGCCUAUGUUGACGAGGUCCCCUGGGGCAGUGCCCUGAUGUCUUUCGCUCCUACUCUACUCCUGAUUGCUGGUAUCUUCUGGUUCUCGCGCCGUGCCGGUGGUGGCGGCGGCGGCCAAAGCGGAAUCUUCGGCAUUGGCAAGAGCCGUGCCAAGAAGUUCAACCACGAGACUGAUGUCAAGAUCAAAUUCGCUGAUGUCGCCGGUAUGGACGAGGCCAAGGUCGAGAUCAUGGAAUUCGUCAGCUUCUUGCAACAGCCGGAGCGAUUCCAGAAGCUCGGUGCUAAGAUCCCCCGCGGUGCUAUCCUCUCUGGUCCUCCUGGUACCGGUAAGACUUUACUUGCUAAGGCUACCGCCGGUGAGUCUGGCGUGCCUUUCUACAGUGUCAGUGGUUCCGAAUUCGUCGAAAUGUUUGUUGGUGUUGGUCCCUCUCGUGUCCGUGAUCUGUUCGCAAACGCCCGGAAGAACACUCCUUGUAUUAUCUUCAUUGAUGAGAUCGAUGCUAUUGGAAAGUCUCGAGCCAAGCAAAACUUCGGCGGCGGUAACGAUGAGCGUGAAAGCACUCUCAACCAAAUUUUGACUGAGAUGGAUGGUUUCAAUACCUCUGAGCAAGUCGUCGUCCUCGCUGGUACCAACCGACCCGAUGUUCUCGACAAGGCUCUCAUGCGUCCUGGCCGUUUCGACCGACACAUUGGUAUCGAUCGUCCCACCAUGGAUGGCCGUAAGCAGAUCUUCCGCGUUCACUUGAAGAAGAUUGUCACCGAUGAGAACAUGGAAUACCUCGAGGGUAGACUUGCUGCUCUGACCCCUGGCUUUGCUGGUGCCGAUAUCGCCAACUGCGUGAACGAAGCUGCUCUUGUUGCUGCUCGCGAGAACGCUGACAGGGUCGUCAUGAAGCACUUUGAGCAGGCCAUUGAGCGUGUUAUUGGUGGCCUGGAGAAGAAGUCUCUGGUGCUGUCCCCCGAGGAGAAGCGAACCGUCGCCUACCACGAGGCCGGCCACGCUAUCUGUGGUUGGUACUUCCGGUGGGCCGACCCGCUCCUCAAGGUCUCCAUUAUCCCCCGUGGCCAGGGUGCCUUGGGUUAUGCCCAAUACCUUCCUGCUGGAGGUGAUACCUACCUGAUGAACACCAACCAGCUCAUGGAUCGCAUGGCUAUGACCCUUGGUGGUCGUGUCAGUGAGGAGCUCCACUUCGAUACUGUGACCAGCGGUGCCAGUGACGACUUCAACAAGGUCACUCGCAUGGCUACUGCUAUGGUCACAAAGUUUGGUAUGUCCAAGAAGCUUGGAUUCAUUCACUAUGAGGAGGACGGACAACAAAUUCAGAAGCCCUUCUCUGAAGACACUGCCCGCAGCAUUGACAUUGAGGUCCGCCGCAUCAUCGAUGAGGCUUAUCAACAAUGUAACACUCUUCUGACUGAAAAGAAGAAGGAGGUCGGCAUCGUUGCCGAAGAACUCCUGUCAAAGGAGGUCCUUGGCCGUGAUGAUCUGAUCCGCCUUCUUGGCCCGCGCCCCUACCCCGAGUCUGGCGAGUUUGCCAAGUACUUCGAUGGUAAGGGUGGUGCGACCAUUGCUCCCCCUGAGCCAACUCAGAACCCAGACGAGGCCUCAGGUAAGGAUCAGACUCCUUUGCCAUGA